AUGCCCCGUGUCUGCGCAGACCGCACCUUCUACGCCCAUCGCAUUGUCCUGGCGGCAGAAAGCGAGGUCUUCAAGAGCGGUCUGGCAAGCGUCUCCAAGGAGUUGAUCGACGGAAGGCAGGAAAUCAGGCUGGCCGAGAUCUCCAACCCGGAGGCCGUGAAGUUCAUGCUGGACUACAUGUACCAGACGGAUGCCUCUGUGUGGGAGGACUACAAUCCCCGAACCCAGGAGAUCAACAAGGAUGUCCUCCGCUUGGCACAAACCUUCCGCCUGCCUGGUCUCACCGAGCGCGCCAUGCACUGGCUGGCCAAGGACCUCACCACGGGAAACGUCGUUGAGGCAAAGCGCUGUCUCGUCUUCACAGCCUUCGGCAGGUUGAGUUUGGAGGAUGUUGCUUUGGUUGGCUAUCUAGUGCUGGAGGUUAAGCUUGAGGGGCUGAAGGCUCGUCCUCUGGAGCUUGAAGCUGCACAGAACAGGAAUGGAAGAACAAAGAAGUCAUCAGCCCUCCAAACAAAAACUGAGGUAAACUGA